AGCGAAGAAGACGAAAACCUAAGACGGAAAGCGCGAACUGGAGUACUGAUAAAGUUACUGAUACCACUCCUGUUAAAGAUGAGCUGUUCUGCAAUUUAGUGAGUUGUAACUUAUUUAGAAAGCAGUGGUUUAGAGUUUAAAAGUCAACUGAGUCCAAAGACUGUCUGUCUGCCGCUAAAGCUCCGUCUCAGACUGAAGUCAUGUCACAACAGAUGGGAGACAGCCAUCGAAGGUUCCUGCAGAAUAUGAUGGCCAAUGGAAUUGUGGACGAACAAGACGCAAAAACACUGUAUCAGCAUUGUUGCCAAACACACAACACACAGUGCAUCCUCGACAAAUUGGAUGAUUUCAUUGGUACCAUCAACUCAAAGCUCCAGCCCAUGUUCAUGCAGAUUAGAAAAGGAAUGUCUGAAGACAGUGGUCACCAGUACUAUGCCUUAGUGAACAUGGCUGAGACAGAUGUCACCAGAAUGUCAUCGGAUUACACUGACACUGAACUGGAGCUGUUCAGGAAAACUAUGGACCUGAUCGUGAGCUCUGAGAAUGGCAAGGCCUCCUCCACCGACAUCCUGAACACCGCAGACACCCUGUCUACCAAAAAACUGAAGAAGAGUGAGACAGAGCACCUUUUGAACCGACUGGUGCACGACAAAUGGCUCAACGAGAAACGGGGAGAAUACACCCUGUCAACAAGAUGUAUCAUUGAAAUGGAGCCAUACAUCCGCACAAUGUACCAAGACCAGGUUAAAGUGUGCCACAUCUGUCACAACAUCGCUUUCCAGUGCCAAAUCUGUGAGAAUCCUACAUGUGGCAUAAAAAUACACCAUCCAUGUGUGGCCAGAUAUUUCAAAGGGCGAACAGAGCCACAGUGUCCAGCAUGUGAUGACUUUUGGCCACAUGAAAUUCCAGAAGUUCAACAGCUCCGAUCUCAGUCCAGAAGAUGAGAAGAUCUGCACCAAAUCUGCCUUUUGUUCUGAUUAUUUAAAUUGUUUAUUAUUUUAAAAAUGUUUGUAAUAAAGAUGUUCAAUGUA